AAAUCAUUUCAAUUUCUGCAUCUGAUAAUAUGGAAUCGAAAAAGAGUGGAGAAGUAGUAGCCAUUAGUACCGGGGAAAAGGCGAAUUACAGUGCCAAAGGAAAGGCUGCUGAAGGUGCUCCUCCUCCUGCUGCUGCUGCGGUCACCGCAAAAGUUACCAAAAUCAGGACUAUGGGAGGAGGAUGGAAAAAGGGUCUGGCGAUCAUAGACAUUGUGCUGCGGCUCGGUGCCGGUUCAGCUGCUGUUGCUGCGGCUUACACUGCAGGGAAUACUGAACAGAUUCUUCCUUUCUUCACACAGUUCUUCCAGUUCCAUGCUCAGUACAAUGAUCUUCCAACUUUCACGUUUUUUGUUGUUGCAAAUGCAGUAGCUGUGGGAUACAUAGGGUUCUCCUUGCCCUUCUCUAUAAUCUGCGUUAUUCGACCUCAUGCAAUAGGGCCAAGGCUACUACUCGUUAUCCUUGACACAGUGAUGGUUGCUCUAAUCAUAGCUGCCGAUGGCGCUUCAUCUGCAAUUGUGUACUUGGCGCAUAACGGGAACGUGAACGCAAACUGGCUUGCUAUUUGCAGGCAAUACAACGACUUCUGCCAGGCACUCAGUGGGGCUCUUGUAUCUUCAUUUGUCGCAGCAGUCUUUUUUAUGUUUCUGGUUGUGAAUUCUACUUUCGCUCUUAAAAGAAAAUGAGAAAUUAAGGAGCUUAAUUACUGUAUAAUUAACACUGCUAAAUUGCAGAGAUGCAUAUUGUCGAUUGUGUAUGUUAUUAAUUGCAUUAAAAUUAAGAUGAAUGUAAAAUGAUAUAAUUGUAAUGAAAGAUUUGUGUGAA